AUCGCUGUUCUUCAGUUACCGCACGACUCCUUCACCGUUGCUGCAAAAGCCCGUCUAACGUCACUAGUUCCAAUCUUCAAGCACUGCAACUAUGGCGGAGACUGCCGAGCCCAACCCAAUCGUCUUCUUCGACAUCACCCUAGGAGGGGAGAAGCUCGGUAGAAUCAAGAUGGAGUUGUUCAAAGAUGUAGUCCCAAAGACGGCUGAGAAUUUCCGCCAGUUCUGCACUGGAGAGACGAAAAACAGCCGAGGGCAGCCACAAGGCUACAAAGGCUGCAAGUUCCAUCGCGUCAUCAAAGGUUUUAUGAUCCAAGGCGGCGAUUUUGUAAACGGCAAUGGCACAGGCUCGAGAACCAUUUGGGGAACUGAAAAGUUUGCCGACGAGAACUUCACAUUGAAGCACGACAAACCUGGUCUUCUAUCUAUGGCUAACUCAGGUCCCAAUACCAACGGUUCCCAGUUCUUCAUCAUCACUGCGAAGAACGGCACCCCUCACCUGAACGGCAAGCACGUUGUCUUCGGAAAUGUCAUUGAAGGCAUGGACGUUGUCACCAAGAUUGAGAACACACGAACAGUAGCGAACCCAGAAGGAAAGCCAGUGCAAGAUAUCGCUAUUGCGCAAUGCGGUGAGAUGUGAACAUGGACAUGACCGUUCAUGUAUUCAACCAGCAUAAGAGCCUACCACACCCACCUCCGAGAGGCAAGAUCGUAGGUGACAUUUGAAGAACCCAUAGGAAGCCUAGGAAGCAUUUGUUUGGCCCAACCGCAGCUCACAGAAUGGCAAGACAUGGUGGGCCAGCUCAAGCCGCAAGUCUGCUAUCAAUUCUUGCGUAUCUGUGAUUGAGCAUUCCAGAUGCAAGCCGCUGUAGGAUGCGGCGAAGAGACUAUAUCUUUAUAAUCUGACACACAAUUAAAGACCAAUGAAAUGCAUC